GGCAGCUCAGGAGGAACAGUCAUUAUUGCGCCAGUAUAACAUUCGCUUCCAGUUCUCUUGAACGAGGCAUCGAGUUUUCGAGUCCACGAUAUCCACGAGAUCCACUGUUUCGCUAUCCACGCGUUUAUAUAUCCACGUUCCCUGUCCUGUCUUUACUACGGGAAAGGAAACCGCGUGGCCGCCCUGUAACGUCGAUAUAUUCGAUCGAUUCCCGCGAUACGAUGAGAUUGUUCUCGGGAAAUAACGAAAAUGUGACGUGAGACUGACAGAUAGGAGAGGCUUGCCAAUAACGUGACACGUUUCACAGUCGAUCGUUCAGUGUGGCACGUUCACACCGCCAAAAUGACAGUGGGAAGGACCAAUUUUCACGCGUUCACCAGUGCGCUUGUGUCGGUACUGUGCUUGGUCCUGGUGGCGCUUCGUGUCAGCCAGGUCACCGGCCAAUUAUUGGACACCGAAUUUCAACCGACGGUCACAGCGACAUGCAAGUCCGGUCAUAUGACGAUACGAGUGAACCUAAAUCAGAGUUUCGUGGGCGCCGUCCACGCGAGAGAUUUUCGGACGCCGCAAUGCAUGGCGCCCGGAAACGGGUCGACGCACGCGACGUUGGCCAUCAAUCUUCUCGCGCCCAAAGGUUCCCCGGAUUACUGCGGCGUCUUGGUAAAUAACGACACCGAGGAACGGUCCAUCCCCAUCGCGGUAAGGAUACACAAGACCUUAGAGCUGGCUGACGAUAAAUUUUACGUGAUCACGUGCGGAAAAGCUGGAUUCAAAAACGCCAAGAACGAGACCUCGCUUGUAUCGUUGCGCCUUUUGGACGGAGGCCACAAAGUGCAAGAGGCUAUUUAUGGUCACAACUACACUUUGCGUGCUGAGAUCUCGCGACCAGAUGGUAUGUACGGGAUCAAAGUGAAGUCGUGCUUCGCGUUUAAUAAACGUAACUCCAGUGUCCAGCUGAUCGACGAUAAAGGGUGUCCCGUAAAGGCUCAGGUGAUGACGAAAUUCAUCUACGAUCGAAACACCGGCCUGGCGGAUGCGACAUUGUUCUCGAUGUUCCGGUUCUCCGAUAGUACGCAGGUGCAUUUUCAAUGCGACAUCGCCGUAUGCAGAGGAAGCUGCGGUAUCCCGGUCUGCGACGACGAUAACGAGGAAGAUAUAAAGGGAGCGUCCUUAAUUAAUAGGCAAAGCGUGAGCGGCGAGGAAGGAGUGCUCCUGGCCGGCACGAGCGUGUUCGUUCUUAACCCUGGUCAAACGCCGUCGGUUCAGUCAUUGUACGAGGAUGGCAGCGUUCACCCUGUAUGGCUGUUAUGGCUGGCGGUAGCUCUCGGCAUCCUGUUCCUCAUCAUGCUGAUAAUCAAUAUAUUCCUCUGCUCGGCGAUGACCUGCAGCUGCACCAGGACGGACAUUAUCGAGAAGGAGCCAUCGAUUAUCGAGGACUACGAUCCCUAUCGUAGCUGGCACGGAUCCCAAUACGGCUCGAGGUACUCCUUAAACGGGAAGCAGGGAUACGCUUCCGGAGGAUCUACGAUGAAUUCGACGAGGUCGAUAUCGACGAACAGCGACCACUACGCCAUAGUGCAUUCGAGGCCCGGGAGCAGAUACUCGGGUCCGGGCCAGAAGCAUCAUCAUCAUCACAGAGGGCCGCCAUCGAACAUCGGCUCCCAUUAUUCCGGGAAAUAAUAUUCAUCGAAUUUUUACAAUAACAAAAAGGUGGAAGGAAGGAAGGAAGGAAGGAAGAAUAGAACGAACUGUUAUUUCCUAUGAUGUCUCGAACGCAUAAUUCAAGCUCUUUUAUAACAACGCAACCGCGCGUAACGGGUAUCUAGAUUCAAUAGAGUCAUUGCUCACGCUGUUCAAAGA